AUGUCUAAUAAACAUUCACCAAAUAUUUGCAAUGACUUGUAUGAAAAAUUCUCGGAAAAACCGGACACUUUGUUAAAUGAAGAUAUUAUUCAAGAUUCGAAAAAUCGAGUAAUUAACAUCUUAGAGUCACCUCAAUUGCUCUCGUAUAAAGUUAAUAAUUCAUCGCAAGAUUUCAUAAAUGAAACUAUUAAGCAAUUAUGUAAUUUAUAUAUAGAAGAAGAAAAAAAAGGAAAUUAUGACACAUCAAUCCUUAGUUCAAUAGAACAAUAUCUGAUAAGUAAGCAACAAAAUCCUGCCAAUGUAAUAGAAUGUCUUGGUCCAAGGCAAAUUGUAAAUCAUUUAGUCUGGAUUAAUACAAAGCUAAAAACACCAAAAUACAAACAAUAG